GCCAAAGGCCGCACUCUACUACAUCAUUACCUGCAGGGUCACUUUGCUUGGAGUGACAUGGUGGUUCUAUUAUUGUCAUACGGUUCCAAGGUGGAUCGUACUGACAACAACGAGCACACCCCACUAAGCACCUUUCUAAGCAAAUUCACGUUAGGGGAUCGAGUGGAAACUUGUCAGCUUCUCCUGGAGCAUGGUGCUAAUGCUCUUUGGACUGGUCCUGACGGCAGGAACCUAGCACAUCUCGCAGCCUGCCACCACACAAUGGAGCCUGGCGUUUUGGAAGCCUUGUCUAACUACGGCCUCGAUCUCUCAGCGAAGGACAAAGGCGGGAAAAGCAUUGUACACCAUGGGGCCAUUAGCGGAUCAUUAAGUUUGGAGGCUACGACAUUUCUUUAUGAAAGAAACAUACUAAAUCUGCAUGACACAGAUGAAAGUGGAAAAUCUCCCCUUGAUUAUGCAUUGCAAGAAGCUAAUAAAGAGAGAUCAUCAUUUCAGUUUGCCAGUAGCAGAUGGAAGCGGACUUUGGAGUCCUUGCAGAGCUUUUGUUGACACCGUUGUGCUUGAUAGGCGAGCCCUUUCCCUGAGAAAUAAUGUAUAGUCGGCUCCUGUUGAUUUGACCCCUAAUCAAUUUCCUUCAUUGACAGCCGAACCAAAUAUCAACAUGUAGGGGCUUUAUGUCAGGUAUCAAAAGGGCAGACAGUCUACGUUUUGUUUUUGGGUGCAUUAGGCUAGUAUAAAAAUCAUGUUUGCAAGA